CCUUUUGAUCGAGGAUGGAAUAUUGAGACUUGAGAGUGCUUCUGUUUAAAUUAUAGACCAAGUCAUAAUUCCAAUAUAGGCCUGCUUCAUUAUAUUUUAGGAUAAACGCUUGUAAGACGAAAUGAACACUUGAUGACAACUAUAACAAUGAUUUCCUUAGAGAACAUUCUGCGAACAAGACAUACAUUCUACAUGGAUGAGCAUUUUAAGACCCAGAGAGCAGAAUUUAAUUAAGAAACUACAGCCUUCGGUUGUCCAUAUUGGAUCAAACAAUUUCCCCGUCUGCGUAGGUGGAACAUUUACUAUUUCAGAGCCCCAAUGGAGCCAGUUUCACCGUCCCACCGCGCUCCGUAGAGAGGGUAUACGCCUCAAUGAUUGGGGCAAAACCACGCUGACCGAUAUAUCUUCCAACCUACACCGCUCAAGAGAUGGCUCUCUGUUCCAAUCGUAAAUGAAAAGGCGUGCCUGUCCAAAAUAUUCAACGUAUAGUUAAAAAAUGGGUGGGUACAUUUUAAACUCGUUUAGGUCCUCUAUGAAGGUAGGCUGCAGCGUGUGUUUAUUGAUGAGAUGAAAGAAGAUGGAAGUGAGAAAUGAAACAAAGUAAGGGAAAAUAUUAAAAAACUCGAAGCCUUGCCGGGGAAAAACCGGGGAAGCUGCAAAACGCUGUCGCCACUGGAGAACAAGCUUAGGACAGCAGCGAUAGUUCUGGAUUGGCUCACGAAGGCACUGCCAGGACAUCAAAUGUGAUCUGGGAUGUCAUUGCCAGGUGGGGAGGUUUCGGAGGCGUCCAGUUUAAAUUGAAAGGGUGGUAUUGAAGAGACCACUGUGGACCUGUGGCAGAGCGACCUAUGAUAGUGGCAGCAGAGAGGACUGAAGGGACAGCCUAGGACUGGCCUUUCCAUAGCCACCUUCACCAGCAACCUGUAGCAGUGUGCCCUGUGCCUCAUCACCAGCCUCACACACAUCUUCCCAACAAAGAGUCAUCUGACUGUGACAUCUGUUGCAAGGGGAUGACCGAGCGCAUUCAUAACAUCAAUCUCCACAACUUCAGCAAUUCUGUACUUGAGACCCUCAAUGAGCAGCGCAACCGCGGGCACUUCUGUGACGUGACUGUUCGGAUCCAUGGAAGCAUGCUGCGAGCCCACCGCUGCGUGCUGGCCGCUGGGAGCCCCUUCUUUCAGGACAAGCUUCUCCUGGGCUACAGUGACAUUGAGAUCCCCUCGGUGGUCUCGGUGCAGUCCAUCCAGAAGCUGAUAGACUUCAUGUACAGCGGGGUCCUGCGGGUGUCUCAAUCAGAGGCUCUCCAGAUCCUCACUGCUGCCAGCAUCCUGCAGAUCAAGACGGUCAUCGAUGAGUGCACCCGCAUCGUGUCCCAGAAUGUGGGCCUGGCCGGUCCAGGGGGGUUCCCUGUCAACCCAGGGGACUCUGGGCAGGAGACGCCCCGGGGCACACCUGAGUCAGGCACCUCUGGGCCCAGCAGCGAUGCAGAGUCAGGGUACAUGCAGGCCACGUCCCAGCAGAGCCUUGAGCGUGCGUACACAUCGCUGUACUCCUACUCGGGCCUCUCACUGCAGAAUGGAACCCGUGAACGCUCCCACUACGUAACCAGUAUGACAACAAGCUACGACCCAGCCCUUAGCAUGCAGAAGGACCAGCACGACCAGGACCCGCCGUGGAUCACCCGCAUCCAUGAAAGGUCACAGCAGAUGGAACGCUUCCUAUCCACCCCUGAGACCACCCACUGCCGCAAGCAGCCCCGACCGGUACGCAUACAGACAGGAGGCGUUCACAUAAAGCAGGAGGCAGAGGAUGAGUACAGCUGCUAUGGUAUGGAUGAGUGCACAGAGGACACUGACCACGUUGAGGGUGUGGAGACUGAACCGAAGGGUGAAAGCUUUGACUCAGGGGUAAGCUCCUCCAUUGGUACUGAGCCAGACUCCGUGGACCAGCACCAGUACCCCGUGGGCUUUGGGAGGGAAGGAGGUGGAGAGGGGACCCCGGUGCAGAUUGAAGUCGAUGACUCCUCCCCAGAGCAGAUUCAUGAGACGGAGGAAGGGGGCACAUCCCACAGCACUAGCGACAGUAACAUGUUGCAGCCCCUGCCCAACCCAAUCAUGGCCCAGUCUCUGCCAAGUGCCCUACUCUAUAUGCGUCAGGUCGAAUCUCACACCAGCAAUCUGAGGAUGCCGCUCACCAUGACCAGCAACACCCAGGUAAUGGGCAUGGCUGGCAACUCCUACCUGCCCACUCUGUUUCCCACACAGUCGGCCAGCAACAACAAGCCCUUCCUCUUCAGCCUGCAGCAGCCCAUGGGAGGCCAGCAGCCCCAGUUUGUGUCCGGGCCUACCCCUAAUAUGCCCCCAUUCCCUCAGCAAUUGACGGUACAGCAACAGGCAGCGCGGGAACAGCAACAAGCGGCCUCGAUGGGACAGGGGGAGAAGAAGCCCUAUGAGUGCACUCUCUGCACUAAAACCUUUACUGCUAAACAGAACUACGUCAAACACAUGUUUGUGCACACUGGUGAGAAACCACAUCAGUGCAGCAUCUGCUGGCGCUCGUUCUCCCUGAAGGAUUACCUAAUCAAACACAUGGUCACUCACACAGGGGUGCGUGCCUACCAGUGCAGCAUCUGCAACAAACGCUUCACCCAAAAGAGCUCCCUCAACGUCCACAUGCGGCUGCACCGUGGAGAAAAGUCCUAUGAGUGCUACAUCUGCAAGAAGAAGUUCUCUCACAAGACCCUGCUGGAGAGACACAUGGCUCUGCACAGCACAGGGGGCGCCGUCACAGGGCUGUCGGGGGCAGCAGGUGCCGGUGGCCCUGUUUCCAUUCCCAUGGCCGUGCCCGAACCUGGCGCCGGCGUGGUGGCCCUCGCCAUGCCCGUCGGCGGUGGCGCAGGAGUAGGGGGUGGGGUCGGACCAGGAGUGGGUGUGGCUGCGGAGGCAAGCUGCCAAGAAGGGACCACCUACGUGUGCUCCGUCUGCCCUGCCAAGUUCGACCAAAUUGAGCACUUCAAUGACCACAUGCGAAUGCAUGUCUCCGAUGGAUAAGUACAAAUAGAUACACUUCUUUAAAAAAUAUUAAAUUAAAAGAAAAAUGGCACUAGAUUUUUUUUUAUUUUGAGGCAUGAAGAAUAAUCAGUAUAGACACUGGCACAUUAAGUUUCCCAGAAAUGAGUUUUUUUUGUUAUUCUAAAAGAAAAACAAGAUGGUGGCCUUAAGGCUUUGUAGUUUGAUAUUGAUCCACUGGAUGGAUCCUUACUACAGGCCUCUAAAUGUAUGCUUUCCUAAAAUACUGAUUUAUGUGUUGAACACUACCGAAAGGCCUAUGAAAGAAACACACACACAUACACAAAUUCAAACUCACACACCUAUAUACAGUAUAAAUAUAUCUUUGUAUGAGUGUAUGUGUUAAUCUGUGUAUGUGUGUACUUGUGCGUGUGUAUUUGUAUGUGUGCGUGUGUGUGCGUGUGCAAACAUUGCCAUGGAAUUUGGAACAUGGUAAAUGUAAUCCCAUAUUGACCGUUUUGGACACUAUUAGGAGUCCAAGCUUACUGUGGUAUAAUUUUCACAAAAAAAUAUAAAAAAUCUGGCUUGGGCUAAAGAUUCCCUCUGAAAAAUAUUGUUGGUCACAAGUUUGCCUUCUUAUGUAGGGUAAGAAAAGGAGAGUAAUUAAUUUGACACUGGGUUUUUAUUUAUUAUUAUUAAGGUAUUGAGGGAUUACAAUACAGCUGUUGUGAAGGUACAAAUUGAUAUUAAUAAUUGUACUGAAAUGUAACUUCCUGUGAGUGGGUAUAGAAAUGGGUAUUUAGUAUAUGUGUUAUUGUCCAUGCAUUUUGAUGGUUCAGGUUAAGUUUACAAAAUUAGGGUUGUUGAUAAGACAGUAUUUGAGAAAAAAUGUCAUAUUAUUAGGAGUUUAUUUCAUUUGCAUACACUGCCACUAAUAUCUUAGAAGACUGUUAAGGCUAUUAGACCUCUUCCAUUUACAACAUGUGACAUAACAAAAGACUAAAGGUUCUUCUUGACAUAAUGAGGUUAUAAAUGAUUGUUUAGUUCUACGAAGAGGAUGUGACUUGUGCAGUUGUAGCAGGCUUGAUUGAGUAUGCUACCACACUCAUCGUGACUGCUGCUUCGCAAUCUGCACCAGACUGUUAUCAGCUGUAGAUUACAACAUAAUUGGUCAAUAUUACUAUUAACGUUUAAAUUAAGAAAAUAAAAUAUAUUAUUUGAUAAUGGAAUGGUUUACCAGGAUAGUUUAAGACAGCUGUCAGAUAGAUUACCGGUAAAUUGAGUGAUUCUGUGAACUUGCAUUGGACAAAAAUAUAAUUGUAUGACCUAGAUCUCUGUAUAUCCUGUUCCUAUGGACAUGACACAGCUAUUUGAGCAGGUGGAGAAACUAAAAUGCACUACUCCUGAAAUGUUAGCUCCACCUGGUGGCCCAAAUGGCAUGUCACGUUCGGACAUUUAAUACAGACACCGAGACAGACGAGGCAAAAGAAACCACAAUAACAUAUAAUCCCGGUCAAUAAUUACUUCAUAAUAUAACACAACUUGCAGAUGGACUUCCAAGACAAUAAGAUACAUUCCUGAUUUCACAGAUACCUAGACACAGUGUGUACAGAAUAGAUUUGGGAGUAAAGCAAGUGUCACGUCACUCAAAGGCUCUGCUCUGAUAUUUGGCUUACUGUUCAUGCAUUUUAUCCACAAUAAGACAUACACGUCUGCCUGCAACUGCAAUCUGAAGAUUUUGCUCAUUUCUUUGAGUAGACACCUUUUUUUAGUUACCAUGACGAGAUAGUCACUUACCAGAAUUACAGUACAGUCUGAAGACAAUAUGUUGUAGAUAAAAACAAAGUGCUGCUUUGCACAUUUUCUUCAAAUGCCUGUGCUUAAUAUUUUAUUGUUUUACUUAAUAAAUGAAAUUCUAUUAUUUUCAUUUGUUCAUUUUUUAAAGGAAAACAUCUUUCUUAAAAGCUUGAUAAGAGGACUGCAUUAUUUUCUUGCAUAGCCUAUAUGUUGCACUGCUUGAGCCGAUAAGUGCACUACUGUUACCAGAGAUAUUAUAGUUUUAGAGAAAAAUAAUCAUUUUUUAUCUAAUAAUUUGUUGUAGAAUUAACGUGUUAGAAUAGCUUUGUUCCAUUUUACGAUAAGGUCAUUUUAUGUUUCUUAGCUUUUGUUAUCUCUUGUUAUUAUAUGUAUUUACUUGUGCUGUGUUUGUGCAUUUAGUUCUAUUUAAAUGUGAUCCAUCGUGUGAGCUUGUCUCUGUUUUCAACCUUUUAAUGUAUUCUUUUCAAGAGGUAAUCCCCUUCAACAGCAGUUAUCCCAUUGCAUACAUUAGAACAGAUGCUGAAUUUUCAUACAAAAGCAUUCAUGCCAAACUAAAUCCCCCCCCCCAAAAAAAAAAAAAUAUUUUGUAGUGUCCUUGGACAUAAAUUAUGUGUUUUUUUUAGAACAAGUUUCUUUAGGAAUUACAGGGUGGGUGGGAGAUUGUACGCAGCUAUAAUUUGCUAUUUGUAAAUUGUACACAAGUCUGCAUCUCUUGUGUUUGUCUGUGUGAGUGUUUGUGUGUGUUGUAUAAUCAAACUGUUGGUGUCCCAAGUGGAGGUGUAAAACCUGAACUGUAGGGCUUCCUUUGCAAUAUGCAGUGCAGGUACUGUGAGACGCAGCUUUAGCUAACCCUCUUGGGCUAAUAAACACAUUUGUUGUGCACAUUUACAAAGACAUCUAUUGAUCAAAUAUUGAUAGUGGUAAAUACAUUGCCCCGAGUGGAAGAAGUGCAUUGCAUCUUGUGCUUUAAGUCAGCUUCAGCUGGUUGAUAUUUGGAUAAGGCCUACCUAAUACUCUUCUAUCAUCUUCACCGUAUUCUAUCUUUGUCUCUUUCAAAUUGAAAACAAGGAAGUGAUGAGGGCUAUUAGUUAGUAAUCAAUCCCAGUUUCCUCAUAUCAUCAGAGCGAGGGCCUUGCAUUAUGUUUCAUAGAGUUUCACCUGGUCACUGAAAUAGCAUGUGGUUGUCAAGUAAAGGGAACAACAUAUGUGACUUCUGAUUGGGCCGCAGUUUGUUAUCCUCUGCUGCAGAGGUCUCUAUCGGGAACACAAGCCUAUAAAUGCUUCUACUCUGUUGCUCCCAUUACUACUCUGUAAGACCAGGAACUGCAUGUCUGCAUACAAGGUUAAUUGUGUCUGUAGUCUUAGAGGACUCUGUAGUCUCAUGUUUGAUGAGACAAAGUCCUUAACAGAUGGUUACAGUAUGUAAGGAAAUGCUGAGAUCUAUUUUGAUCACAUGUUAUUGCUCUGGCAUACAGUUGUUGUUUGUGGUGGUAGUGGUGGUAGGG